CGGGGCGGCGCCCGCAGAGGUGCCGCAGCUGCCGGAGCCCGCGCCUCACGGAGCGGGGAGCGGAGAUCGGGGAUCCCGACCGGGCGCGGAUCUGCGGGGACGCCGAGACACACAGGAGCGCAGGUGCCAUGUCACAUCCACCUGGGGACGCCCGCCAGGUCCCGCACAGCAGCAAGGCCUGCCGCCGCCUCUUCGGCCCCGUGGACAGCGAGCAGCUGCGCCUUGACUGUGACGCGCUCAUGGCCAGCUGCGUGCAGGAGGCCCGGCGACGGUGGAACUUCGACUUUGUCACCGAGACGCCGCUGGAGGGCAACUUCGCCUGGGAGCGCGUGCUCGGCCUGGGGCUGCCCAAGCUCUACCUGAGCCCCGGGCCCUGCGGCGGCCGAGAUGACACUGGAGGGGGCAGGCGGCCCAGCCCCUCGACUGCCCUGCUGCAGGGGAUAGUGGCUCAGGAGGACCACGUGGACCUGUCGCUGUCCUGCACCCUUGUGCCUCGGUCUUCUGAGCCGCCCGAGGAGUCCCCAGGGGCGCCUGGAACCUCUCAGAGCCGAAAACGGCGGCAGACCAGCAUGACGGAUUUCUACCACUCCAAGCGCCGCCUGGUGUUCUGCAAGAGGAAGCCCUGAUCUCCCGGCCGGAAGCUUCGAGCUCCCAGAAACAGGGGAGCCCACCAGCCCCGUCCACACCUGUACCUUCAUCCUCCAGUUUGUGCGUCUUAAUUAUUAUGCGUGUUUUAAUUUAAGUUCCUCAUGUACAUACCUGCCUGUCCCCCACCCCCGACCCAGCCUCUGGCAUUAGAAUUAUUUAAAAAACAAAUUAGGUGGUAGAAUGGUAGGCUCAUCAGAGUGCUGGGUAUUUUUAUUACAUGAAACAUUAUUUAAAACCUUCUCUUCCUUGCUCUUUGUCCUCCAUCUCCUGCGGAUGAUGCGGCUGGCUUCAAGCCCGCUGUGCCUCCUCUGCCCUCACCCACCAGGUGGCACUGACGGAGGGACCUGAUUCCCUCCCUUCCUCCACUCUCCAACUCAGCUUCUGCCCCCUUUCUUGGAUUCUCAGUCCUGAGUCCUCAGAAUCUGAGGAGUAAAUAGAUGAUAGCACUUUGAAGGGGGUCCAGCCAAGUAGGGAUAUCAUCGCAGACUUUGGGGUCUUCUCACCUCCUCUGGAGUCAGGCAGGUGACCACGAAGCGGGCACAGCCUGGGACAGAAACCGUCCUGGCCUCAGUGCCCCACUGUCCUGUGAAGCAGGGAAGAUCGGGUCCUGUAGCAGCCCUAUUCCCAGAACCCUGUGCCACCCCUAGGGAGCCUGGCUCCCUCUUUACUUUUUGGGGGGUCCCAGCUGUCCCUCUUUCCCAGCUGGCUCUCAAGGCCCCUCUGCUGCUCUCCCCUCCCCCGAAUCCUUCAUCUCUAGUACCCCAUUGGCUGUGAGUGGCAGCUGUGGGCACCUGUCCCUGGACACCCAAGACCUAGGGCUCCCUAGUUCUACCUCAGGCAGCACAGCAGCAUGGCCUCCCCCUUUUAGCUCUGGGGUGGAGUCCUGGAUGGUCCCAUAGAACACCCUGUCGCUGUAUGUUAGGAGUGUGAGGUGAGGAGAGUGGGUUUCCAGGACAGAGACCCAGCUCCUGGAAGCCAUCGGUGACCGUAGAUGACCAUCUCCAUCCAGCUCCUCCCUCCCCGUCUCACUGCACUUUGAGUAGCAGCUGAACAAGGACUUGGACAAGAUGGUGGCCAUGGAGACCAUGGGAGGUGCCUGGGUGGGCUGACGGGAGCCUGGGAUGGUGCAGCUCUGUCCCCGCAAUGAACACUGAUCUGCAGGCACCAAAGCACUUAACGGGUCUGACCCCAAACACCCUCUGGCUCCUGUAACCUCCUGGCCCAGCCUGUGCCUCUCGGCCCCAGUGUGUGACGUUCAUUAUUUCCACCUACACUGUAAGCCUCUUGGCCAGGGAACACGCCCUGUGCUGCUCUGUGUCCUUCAAGCUCUCUCACAGUACUGGGUACACAGCUGGUGCUCAAUAAAUGUCUCAAUGACUUUA